AUGUGGUACAGCAACGACACCCCCGUCGCCAUCCCCCAGGUUGCCCUCUCCGCUGAGGUCGAGCACCUCCAGGGUGCGCAUUGGAAGGCAUCGACGCCGGACGGGUUCAAGAAUCCGUGGCCGAGCGCAAAGGCAGAGCAGAGCUUUGUUGAGGCCGCAAAGUUUGUGUGGUCGGGGGUUGGCAAGAAGCGCCCAGAGCUCGCAGAUGGGUGCACGUUCGUGCCUCGCGCCGAGGUCGACUUUACGCCACCCACUGUUGGUGUAAAGUCGACGUGGCUGGGCCACGCUGCCGUGCUGAUCCAGUACGCACCCGUGGACGGACAGGAGCGUGGCUUGAACAUCCUCUUCGAUCCGGUGUUCAGCGACCGCUGCGGACCGUCGCAGUGGUUUGGCGCGCCGCGCCGCUUCACUCCUGUACCCUGCGGCGCGACCGUUACUGAGGCGGUUGCCAACCUCCCGCCGCUCGACAUUGUGGCGAUCAGCCACAACCACUACGACCACCUUGACAUUCCCACGAUCAAGGCCAUCUACGCCAAACAGGCUGGCACCCCUCCCGCUAUGCUUCUCCCGCUUAACACUACGCGAAUCGUGCGCGGGAUUGUACCGGACGAGCUGGUGCGCGAGGCCGACUGGUGGGAGGAGAUCUCGGUCACGAGCGACCGCGGCGACGCGCAGUUCACAUACACCCCGGCACAGCACAUGACGGCGCGUACCGCUUUCGACAUGGCCGCGAGCUUGUGGGGCGGUUGGUGUGUCAAGACGAAGCGUGAGGUCGGAGCGCAAACUGUGUGGUUUGCAGGCGACACUGGUUACUCGGCGGUCGACGCGGAGACGUACGAGAUCGAUGACUCUCGCCCGGUCUGCCCAGCAUUCAAGGAGAUCGGGAGCCGCCUGGGCCCUAUCGACCUCGCAUUCCUUCCUAUCGGCGCAUACUCGACGCGUUCAUUCCUCAGCACGGUACACUGUGCGCCCAUCGACGCGGUGCGCGUGUUCAAGGAUGUGAACGCACGCAAGGCUGUCGCGAUCCACUGGGGUACGUGGGACCUGUCCAAUGAGCCGAUCUCGGAGCCGCCACGCAUGCUCGCUGAGGCGCGGGACAAGGUCGGACUCACCAAGGACGAGUUUGACAUCUGCGCGCUUGGUGGGAGCGUGAGCGUGUAG